AUUCACAGUACCAUACCACAAAAACAUGAACAAAAUGUUAUCCUCAGCCAACUUCUUACUCUCCUUCCUCUUCAUCCUAUUCAUCCAAUUCUCUAUCAACACCCACGCUGCCACCUUCGACAUCCGCAAUGACUGUCCCUACACCGUCUGGGCCGCCGCCAGCCCCGGUGGUGGUCGCCGCCUAGACCCCGGCCAGGGCUGGAACCUAGGGGUGGCGCCGGGGACAGUCAUGGCACGUAUUUGGGGCCGUACCAAUUGCAACUUCGACGGCAGCGGCCGAGGCCGGUGUGAAACUGGUGACUGUGGGAGCUUAGAGUGUAAAGGGUGGGGUGUCCCUCCCAACACCUUGGCCGAAUACGCUCUCAACCAGUUCGGUAACAUGGAUUUCAUUGACAUUUCUUUAGUCGAUGGCUUCAACAUUCCCAUGGACUUUAGCCCCACCAGUGGAGGGUGUAGGGGAAUACGGUGCACCGCUGACAUCAACGGUCAGUGCCCUAAUGAGCUGAGAACCCCUGGAGGUUGCCAUAACCCUUGCACGGUUUUUAAGACCAAUCAAUAUUGUUGCACCAAUGGGCAAGGGACAUGUGGACCCACCUUCUUUUCGAAGUUUUUUAAGAACAGGUGUCCCGAUGCUUAUAGUUAUCCACAAGAUGAUCCCACUAGUACUUUCACUUGCCCUGGUGGAACGAAUUAUAGGGUUGUGUUUUGCCCUAGAGGGUCUUCUCGUAAUUUUCCUUUGGAGAUGGUUGAUGGCAAUAUGAGUGAGAAGUAAGUUUAAAAGUAAGAUAUAUAUGUAAUUAGUAAUAAGGACAUGUAUAAGUAACUCUGAUGUAAGUUGCUUAUUGGGUUCAUUUUUGUUUUGGUCUGUUUUACAGAGAGCUUUUGUUUAAUUUGGCUAUACGUAUACGUAUACGUAUACGUAUAGUACUAGUAACUCUUGUUGACGUUGUACUUCGUUGUACCAGCAAGAAAUGCAUAAAAGAAUUAAUAAAAGCGUUUUGUUUCCUUUA